AUGCUGGACAUCAAGGCGCUGGUGGCUGUAGUGGCCACUCUCUGCUCACUAACGCACGCCACUCCGCAAGACGUUUACCAUGGAAAUGUUGUCCAGAGUGAUACAUUCUUCUAUGGUCAGAGUCCCCCGGUAUAUCCGACCCCGGAGAUCACUGGGAUCGGGGACUGGGAUGAGGCGCUCUCCAAAGCACAGGCGAUGGUGGGCAUGAUGACACUAGCUGAGAAAGUCAACCUCACUGGGGGUUAUGAGAAUACCACGAGUAGUUGCUCUGGUAAAGUCCGCGCGAUAAAGCGCCUUGGCUUCCCGGGUAUGUGCUUGCAGGAUGGCCCAGCUGGAGUCAAAGGUGCCGAGGGAGUCAAUGGAUAUCCAGCUGGCCUGCAUAUUGGUGCGAGCUGGAACAAAACCAAUGCAUAUGAACGGGCAAGGGCCAUGGCAGGCGAAUUCAAAAGAAAGGGGGCUACUCUGAGUCUGGGGCCGGCAGUAUUAGGGCCACUGGGCAAGAUCCCUCAUGGGGGACGAAACUGGGAGGGCUUCGGUGUCGACCCAUACCUUAGCGGCAUUCUUGGAGCUGAGUCUGUCAGAGCUACCCAGGACGAGGGCAUAAUCUCAUGUACCAAGCACUUUGUUGGAAACGAGCAAGAAACACACCGAUUCCAGAACAUCGAUCGCAAGAACAACCACACUAUUGAGACACUGUCGUCCAACAUUGACGACAAGACCAUGCACGAACUAUACAUGUGGGCCUUUGCAGAUGCCAUCCAUGGUGGGACGGCUAGUAUAAUGUGCUCGUACCAGCGCGUGAACAACAGCUACGCAUGUCACAACAGCAAGGCCAUGAAUGGUCUCCUCAAGACAGAGUUAGGAUUCCAGGGCUUCGUGAUCAGUGAUUGGGAGGCCCAGAAAGUAGGAGUUGCAAGUGCAUUGGCCGGCCUUGACAUGACGAUGCCUUUCGGGGAGACAUAUUGGGGCUCACAUCUAGCCCAGGCUGUCCACAACGGCUCAGUUCCCGAGUCACAAAUUGAUGACAUGGCUACCAGGAUCAUCGCCGCCUGGUACUAUAGCCGACAGGAUGACACCGGCCUUCCACCGGUGGGAGCGGGCUUUCCUGCAGACCUACUAGCACCUCAUGAUUUCGUAAACGCUCGUGACCCCGACGACGCAGCCAUCCUCAUGGACGCGGCCAUCGAGGGCCAUGUCCUGGUGAAAAACGACAGGCAAGCUCUGCCAUUGUUGAAGCCGCGCAUGCUCGCCGUCUACGGAUAUGAUGCGAAGACACCCGGACGCAACAACCCAGAAAACGGGUUCAGCGACUGGAUGCUCGGGUUUGAGGCACACGAUUACCAGCAAGUGAACUGCGGUGACUUUGGGACCAAUCUAGGCCCGUGUCCUCCCUACUUCACCCCCUUUGCGAACGGGACGUUGGUGGGUGGCGGAGGGUCCGGUGCCAUUGCCCCCUUCUACGUCGAAGGCCCUCUUGAAGCCCUGCAGGCACGAGCUCGCCGAGAGAAUACACAGCUGUUCUGGGAUGUCGAGACGCGCAAUUCCAACAGCACGGUACCAGGGGCAGCUGAUGCGUGCCUGGUCUUCAUCAAUGCCUUUUCCUCCGAGGCUCGCGACCGGCUGAGCCUUCGCGACGACUUUUCAGACGCUCUGGUGCUGAAUAUCGCCGCGCAGUGCAGCAAUACGAUUGUCGUUGUUCACACCGCUGGAAUCCGCUUGGUGGACCAGUGGAUCGAGCACCCGAAUGUCACCGCGGCGAUCAUCGCGCACCUCCCAGGCCAGGACUCGGGCGAGGCUAUCACUCGCAUUCUAUACGGCGACGUGAGCCCCAGUGGGAAGCUCACCUAUACCAUUGCUCGGAAUGAGUCGGACUAUGGCUCGCUUCUCAAACCCGCUACAUCUAGCGGCUGGGAUCGAUACUUCCCUCAGGACAAUUUCACCGAGGGCCCCUAUAUUGACUAUCGAGCCUUUGACCAGCGCGGGAUUGAGCCGCGCUUCGAGUUCGGGUUCGGACUUACUUACACGACGUUUGAAUACUCCAACCUGGCAAUCCACCGGGCUGCGGACGCUUCGAAUCUAUCUGUUUUCCCUGUCGAUCCAAUAGUCCCCGGAGGUCACGCAGAUCUCUGGGAUACUGUGGCCGUGGUGACCGCCGAUGUGACGAAUAGUGGAGACAUUGAGGCAGCUGAAGUUGCUCAGCUCUAUCUCGGGAUUCCUGGCGGAGAUCAGCCACCAAGGCAGCUGCGUGGAUUCGACAAGGCUGUAGUCCGCCCGGGCGAGACCAAGACUCUUGAAUUCGAGCUCCGUCGACGAGAUCUCAGUGUCUGGGACGUGACAGCACAGCAGUGGAGGCUGCUAACGGGAUCAGAGUACCGUGUGUUUGUUGGUGCUAGCUCAAGACAAUUGAAUCUGAAUGGGACAUUUGUGCUGUAG